CCCUUUUUGUUAUAUUAACCUUCGUAUGUGCCGACUUGUCGGUUUUACAACAUAACUAACUGACUGUCUAACUGCUGCUUAACUGCUCUCCAGCUACCGCUAACUGUGUGUGUGUGAAAUAAACCUUCAGAAAGACAGUCGAGUUGAACCCGCCGCACAAGUUCUGCUUGCCCCGUCCAGAAGGGAGUAUUGAGCUGAAAGGAUCAGCCAUUAAAGAUCUGGACAGAGAUGCGAAGCACCCAUAAGAAGUGUCUUGGACUGAUUUUUGUCAGUGUUGGUGUGCUGAUUGCCGUGUUUCAUACUUGGAGCGAUGGGCCCAGACAAAUUGUUGACAUACAGCCACGAGGGGAGAGUCUACUUAACAAAGUCCUCGCACAGCAAAGUCAUUACCUGACUAGUGGCCAUGAAUCCAUUGCCUAUCAUGUUAAGGACAAAGUGGCUAGUCAUUUGGCUCUGAAUUCAUGCUUAUGCCUGGCUGAUAAAGAGUCUUUUCAACUGCCGCUCUCCAAUCUGCUCUUCCCGCGAGUGUGGGCCCAUAAACUCGACGCUGCAUUUUUAGAGUCCCAUCCUGACCCUGAGGGUGUGAAGCAUCACAGAGCUCAGGAGUACAGCCACUUUCAGAAGAGGUCCUACAGCCCUGCAGAUUUGCCGAUUAUAGCUGAGGCCAACAGUCCCCUUCAGUAUCCCACCCAGGGAGUGGAGGUGCGACCCCUCAAAACAAUCCUCAUUCCUGGUUUGGGUGUGAAGGAAGAAAAAACCAAACAUGAGGUGUAUUUGACAGCAACUCUAGGGGUGUUUGACGUUGCCGCCACAGUGAAUGGUGUUGCUGUUAAAGGAGAAGGCGAGAAGCUCAUGACACUAUCGAGUCCUUCCCUCCCUGCUCUGAACAGGCAGCUACAGUUUGUCACCUAUACAAACACAGUUUUCCACCCAAAGACGGCCGAUACAGUCAAGUUUGCAACAGACGGUCACCAGGCGUUUUUCAGCAUUAAAGUUGGACAUGGACCCAUGCCCAAACUUUACAACUCUGGAUAUCAAAAAGAGUACAAUAUUAGCGCUCUCGUUACCAUCGCCACCAAGACCUUCCUGCGCUACGACAAACUCAAAGAUCUCAUCAACAGCAUAAGAAGCUACUAUCCCACUGUCACCAUAGUGAUUGCAGAUGACAGUGAACACCCUCAGCCAGUGACUGGGCCUCACAUUGAACAUUACAUCAUGCCAUUUGGAAAGGGAUGGUUUGCAGGAAGAAACCUGGCAGUGUCUCAAGUGACCACGAAAUAUGUGCUCUGGGCGGAUGACGACUUCAUCUUCACUGCAAACACUAAGUUAGAGAAGAUGGUGGACAUCCUAGAGAAGACCACUCUAGAUCUGGUUGGUGGUGCAGUGAGAGAGGUGACGGGUUACACUGCAACUUACCGUCACACCAUUUCAGUGGAGGAAGGAGGAGAGGAGGGCGACUGUUUACAUAUGAGACAUGGAUACCAUCAUGUCAUUGAGGGAUUUCCCAACUGUGUGGUAGCUGACGCUGUCAUCAACUUCUUCAUGGGACGGACGGACAAGGUGCAGCAGGUCGGCUUUAACCCACGUCUGGCACGAAAAGGUCACCUGGAGUUCUUCGUUGACGCACUGGGCUCCCUCCACAUUGGCUCCUGCAGUGACGUCAUUGUAAACCACGCAUCAAAGAUCAAACUGCCCUGGGGACAAACAGACUCACAAAAAGCCUACAAAAGUUUCCGCUACUCGUCCUCCACUGCUGAUGUUAACCUCCAUAAUGAAGUCUUCUACUUUAAUAACAGGUUCAAGUGCAUGACGAGUCAAUGAAAACCAGUCGUGCACAGUAUUACCGACAAACACGCCAAAGAUCGUUUGAUGACUAGUGACUAAAACAAUAGGCUGCUACCUCUGUGACAUCUAUGUUGGUGCCCUCACCGACAGUGUUUUUUGUUUGUUUAUUUAUUUUACACAAUGGAGAUUUGCAUCUGCCGUGACAUGAGUAUGUAAAAUAGUGUUUAAUUUCACCACAGAUAUGUAUAUAUAUAUAUAUAUAUAUAUAUAUAUAUAUAUAUAUAUAUAUAUAUAUAUAUAUAUAUACAUAUAUAUAUAUAUAUAUACGUCUAAUAUCAUGCAUCCCUACUGAAAACCCCAACAGACUAAAGUAGAUAACAGACCAUAAUUGUGACAAUUUAAUAUAAAUUCAGUACAGAAAUGUUCUGUUCUUGAAAUGUUUUGGUUUUUUUUAUACUUUUUUAAGCUUUUUCCUGAUCCAGCUGCUGUCAUUUUAAAUAGGAUGUCAGAUGUUUGCAGCUUUUUCAUUCCAAGCGUCUUAGAAACUGUUGCAAACUCGGGACAGUGCUCGCUCACUCGCUGUGUUACAGCCACAUUACAAAGUCCACGCUUGUCAUGUGAUGGCUGCACAAAAGAGAUGAUUUUGAAUGUGACAUACUGUAAGUGCAAGUGUUACUGUAAUUUGCUGUGCAAAUAAACGUAAUGCUGAGUUUGAAGAA